AUGUAUUGGUUCCUUACAAUUUUGUUUCUCAGUCUCACAUCCGGUAUUAAUCUUUCAAAAGCCAACCAUGACAAUAAGAAGGUUUUAUCUCAUGAGAUUAAUAAAGAUUUCUUUUUUCCACCACCUAUUAUACCUAAUCCAUUUCAACCUCCACCUUUGAUUCCUAACCCUUUUCAACCACCAAGUCCGCCAUUGAUUCCCAAUCCAUUUCAACCACCACCAAGUACACCUUUGAUUCCAAAUCUACCACCACUUAUUCCAAGUCUACCACCUUUAAUUCCAAAUCUACCACCUCUUAUUCGAAGUCCACCCUCAAGGCCACCACCCUUUUUGCCUUUACCACCACUUAUACCAGGAUUAACUCCAUCACCACCACCGGUGCCACGCUCAUCCCCCAAGUUGGUUCGGAAGGGUGUUCAGGAGGAGCGAUUGUGUUGGAUAUUUGAAUUGGCUUAA